AUGCCCACGAGAAAGGCUGAAGGGGAUGCUAAAGGAGGUAAAGCCAAGGUGAAGGAUGAACCACAGAGAAGAUCUGCAAGAUUGUCUGCUCCUCCAAAGCCAGAGCCCAAGCCUAAAAAGACCCCUGCAAAGAAGGGAGAGAAGGUACCCGAAGGGAAAAAGGGAAAAGCUGACGUUGGCAAGAAUGGGAAUAACCCUGGAGAAGUUGGAGAUGCCAGAACAGACCAGGCACAGAAAGCUGAAGGUGCCGGAGAUGCCAAGUGAAGUGUGUGCAUUUUUGAUAACUCUGUACUUCUGGUGACUGUACAGUUUGAAAUAUUAUUUUUUAUCAAGUUUUAUAAAAAUGCAGAAUUUUGUUUUACUAUUUUUUUUUUUAAGCUAUGUUGUUAGCACACAGAACACUUCAUUGUUGUUUUGGGGGGAAUGAGGGCGUAUGUCACUAAUAGAAUGUCUCCAAAGCUGGAUUGAUUUGGGGAAAACACUUUUCCCUUCUAAUUUUGAGAGACUUCCUUUUGGCUCACAGGAGGAGGGAUUCCCUGGCAACACAAAUAGCCACCUUGGCACAAAUGCCUUGUGGUGUGGAAAAACUAAAAUUUGUUCUUAUAUCCUCUUCUCCCUUUCCACCUUCAGCAUAGACCUAAACACCCUUAAGCUCAGAGAUCUAUUGGGACCUGACCCUCAGAAAUUGGUUACCAUUAUGUCAGGCAAUCUGGACUUUCCAGCAAUGCCACUGAGAUGGCAUCCCUCAAGAGAGCAGCAAUUCCUUUCCUACAUUGUGGAUUUUGAGAUUAAUUCUGCCAUUUUCAUUUCAUUUCCUGAAAGUCAGGGUUGGCUUGUGAAAAGUUGUUAAACAACAUUCUAAAUGUGAAAUGUCAACCCUGACUCUAAACUUUCCCUGUUCAGAGUAUCAGAUGAAGACUUCAUUGGGUUUUAUAGUGGCUUUUUGAUUUCGGCAGUCCACUGAAG